AUGGUAAGGGCAACUGGUCACUGUGCUCGAUAUGUGGCAGCUGGUCACUGUACUCGAUACUGGGCAACUGGUCACUGUACUCGAUACUGGGCAGCUGGUCAAUAUGCUCGAUACUGGGCAGCUGGUCACUGUACUCGAUACUGGGCAACUGGUCACUGUACUCGAUACUGGGCAGCUGGUCAGUAUGCUCGAUACUGGGCAGCUGGUCAGUAUGCUCGAUACUGGGCAGCUGGUCAGUAUGCUCGAUACUGGGCAGCUGGUCAGUAUGCUCGAUACUGGGCAGCUGGUCAGUGUCGCUCGAUAGUGUUACAACAAGCUAGAAAGUGCUACUCCACUAUCUCGCUCUGCUCGAUGGUGUCGGUGUCGCUCGAUAGUGUCGCUCGAUAG